AGACGAGCGGGAGCCGGACAAGCUCAGGUUUGACCUGGAUGCCUUCCGCUUCUAUGGAGAUGAGCGUUCCUUGAUUUUCAUCACCUGUCACCUGAAAGUUGCUGCAGUGGAUCAGGGAGAUUCCAGGAACAAAGCUUGUACUUUCCAGAAGCUGCACAACGUCUGGACCCCAUUGGAGGAAUCGAACAGUGACAUUUGUGCCUGUUGCCAUGUGGGGAACUGUGGUAGCACAAGGGAGAUCCUGUUCCUCUCCAGAGGAAGGAGAGACCUUCUACCUGAAGAUGAGAGUGAAGCUGGAUUGAAGUUGGAGGGUGAGGCCUCUCUUGGCCCCCUGCUCAUUCUGGAUCCUGAGCUGACCAACCUGACAACUGAGCCCCUGACUGAGGUUGAGCAAACGAUACAGGAGAGGUCUCCAGGCGUGGAUCAGGGAGAUUCCAGGAACAAAGCUUGUACUUUCCAGACACUGCACAACGUCUGGACCCCAUUGGAGGAAUCGAACAGUGACAUUUGUGCCUGUUGCCAUGUGGGGAACUGUGGUAGCACAAAGGAGAUCCUGUUUCCAUCCAGAGGAAGGAGAGACCUUGGACCUGAAGAGAGUGAAGCUGGAUUGAAGUGGGAGGGUGAGGCCUCUCUUGGCCCCCUGCUCAUUCUGGAUCCUGAGUUGACCAGCCUGGCAACUGAACCCCUGACUGAGGUUGAGCAAACGAUGCAGGAGAGGUCUCCAGGCGGUGUGCAGUCUGAGCUGGUUGUGAUGGUGGCCCUGACAGUGACAGCUGUCUCCCUGAUCUCUGCUUCAUUGAUGGCCUUGUUCCUGUACAGGAAACACAAGCAGACUCAACUAUUGUUGGAAUAGUCCAAUAAAUCAGUGAUUCCUUGUC